CUUGGGUUGGCUUCGAAGAAAAGUCGACAAGCUACUCACGGACUUCGAAUCCCCACAAGCAAUGAUUCGACAUUGGCAUCAAGUAAAUUAUCCGCGAAGCACAAGAUUAUAAAGCAAAAGAUAAGAAUUGCCAAG